UGUUUAUUUAUCAAUUCUCGUGGUCGGCCACCGUGAUUGUCGGUUGAGUUUUUCUUGACUUUCUAGUGAGAUUUUGCGAGAAAUUACCGUUUUGGAUAGUCAGGAGAACAAUCGAUAGUCAUGGCCGAAACCAAAGAUCUAAAUUUGACGUUUUCUGGGUGUGGAUUCUUGGGAAUCUACCAUCUCGGAGUUGUGUCGUGCUUGAAAGAAAAUGCACCCGCGCUUUUGAAGAGAGUAAAAUGUUACGGUGGGGCAAGUGCUGGGUCUUUUGCCGCGAUAGCCUUACUCUUAGACUUAAAUGUCAGUGACAGUGCUGAAUUUGUUAUCAGGCUCGCCAAGCGAGCGAACUCUUUGACACUGGGGCCGCUUCAUCCAAGCUUCAAUGUGGUGAGAACACUUCGUAGAUCAUUUGAGAGGAUCCUGCCGGAUAACGCUCACGAACUCGCUAGCGGAAGGCUUCACCUGUCGCUAACAAGGGUUUCUGAUCUGAAAAACGUUAUUGUGUCUGAAUUCUUCUCCAAAGAGGACCUUGUCGAGGCGCUAAUUGCAAGCUCUUAUGUUCCUUUCUACUCUGGAAUCCUUCCUGCAAAAUUCAGGGGAAAGUAUUAUGUGGAUGGAGGCAUUUCUGACAAUCUGCCACAACACUUCAAAGAAGGAGAUACCAUUACAGUGUCACCAUUUAGUGGUGAAAGUGACAUCUGUCCCAAUGACAGCUCAUCAAACGAUGUCCACAUUGAGCUACGAAAUACCAGCAUGCAGUUUACACUUCAGAACCUGUACAGAUGCUCCCGUGCAUUCUUUCCUCCUCAGCCUGAGGUGCUGUUUGACAUGUGCAGGCAUGGCUACCGAGACACACUGAGAUUUUUGAAGCAACAUUAUCCUAAAAUGCUAAAGAAAGGGUCCAUCAAGAGGCCAUCCAUGUCUCAGUUCUUCCCUCCAUCUUGGCCGAAGUCUGGUGAUGGGAUAGACGGAGUUGAAAUCUUGAGAAGCAGUCCCAUGUCACUUUACUCCACAUGUAGUAGUGAAGAAGCAGAUGUAUUUACCAGCUCAGAUAGUGAUGAUGCUGAAACUGACGAGUCAACAGAAAUCGAGCAGGAAGGGGAAUCCAAACUAACUAUCAUUCUUCAUCGUACAAGCGAAGCAGUAACAGAGGCAGAGCUCUGGUCUUGUUACUUUAUCCGCAGAGUUUUCUGGGUGCUAAAGCUGGCAGCAAAACCUUGUGUGAUUUCCCUGAAACAAAUCUCACAACUUGCAAACAUCAUUCUGGAAUCAUUGCCCAAAGUGGAAAAGACAGGAAAUGAAUAUCUUGAUGAGCUGUUAUCUAUGAUUUACAUGGUCAUUCAUACAUACCAGGACAAGCACCAAGUACAGUGCUGGAAAACAUAUGGACCAGCCAUUACUGCAGGACUUCGACAGGAAGAUGGUUCAGGAAUUAGUUCAACAGAUGAAUCACCAAGUUCUGGUGACAAUGCAAUGUAUUCCAUCCCUGAAGAAGUGGAAGAAACAGGAGAAACACCGGCUUGUUCACUGAUGCCCUUGAAUUCAGAUGAUGAAAGUGACAUUGAAGUUCUUGUGGGUCAAUCUGCAGAGUGCUUACUGCAAAGUGCGAUGAGAUGGGAAGAUGAUGUUAGUGACAAUGCUUUCUUUUUGAGAACAAAGGAAGCAGGCAGUGAUCGAAGCAUAAAUAAAUCUGUGGGAAGGUGGGAGUCUGAAGGAGGAGCUUGUGGAGAAGAGCCAGCUUCGGAGAGCCUUGAUGAUUAUGUGCUUCUAGAUGGGUAUGAGAGUGAUGUAGAAUCUGAGUCAAGUGGCUAUGAUGAGCUGCACUAGAGCCUCUAACAAGACACUUUGGUGGCAGUGGGAUCUAUGUUGAACUCUGCUUAAAAGAUGAGCUGUCCUUGAGCCACACCCAACUUUGGUGUAUGAUUUGGACGCUACAGUGCAAAUCAGAAAAAAAAAGUGCAAAGGGCAAGGGUAAACCAAUCCUAUUUUAUGAUGAACUGCAAACCCUGAUGGUACGCAUUAGAUUGACCUGUAAUGUGAAUGGCUUUGGUGAAGUUAGCACAUCAAAAAUUAUUAAAACAAAGUGUUCAUGUUGCUUGGGUUCAGACAGUAAGUUACAGUCCCCAGUGUUAACUCUGACAAGCACAGCACUUCCGAACACUAAAGAACUAGGGUGUGGCUCAUGACAAUAUCUGUGGUCUAAAGUAGGUUGUACGUAGAUCACAGGAUAAACUAUGCUUGCUAAGAAAUGAGAAGCUGCUUCUUGAAAGGAGUAAUAGAAUUAAUGUUACAUAGUUGCCUGGUAGCUUGGAAAAGGAAUAUUAAGGAGAUUUUUUUUAUCGAUUUCAAGAUAAUUGUUUUUCAGCAUCACAUGCAGUAAAUUACUGAAUUACAGAAGAUAAGAGGUAUUUUAAGUGUCUUAAAGGAGACUGAGAUCAUGUAGUUUCCUUAGAUGAUAAAUGAAGAGUAUCCAGAAGAUCUACAACCACAUGUACGAGCCCCUAAAUUCUCGCAUGUAACAUUUUGAAGAAAUAGAUUGUAAUAAAUAGGGGGAAUUAAUAUGCAAGUCUUGAGACUUUAAGGGUUACAACUGAUCUACAAUUGUACAUAAGACACAUUAUUUAACUAUUUUUUUAUUACAUGGAAAGUUUUAACUUAUUCAAAUGCAGAGAGUCCAUCAUUAACCAGCUGUGGGUAUGGCCGACAUGUAACUUGUUAUCAAUGAAAAUUAUGGCAAAUGCAUGCAGGCAUGCAGUUUUAAUCAAAGGAACAGAACAUGUGUUCAACAAGGGUAAUUACUAGAACAUAAGAUCUGAUUACUAUGGCAAAAUUGUUUUGAUAUUUCCUUGUCUUUAUCUGAACAAAAUAAACCAAGACCAGUUAGGUAAGAAGAAUCUGUAUAUGGACAAUUCAGGACCUUAUGCGCUUAUACAAAUGUACAGAACAAAAUAAUGAGCAGACUUAUGGUUGUUGUGCAAGCAAGUGGUCACUGUAAAGUUUAAAGCGGUAAAACAGCUUGUAGAGGGUGCUUUUCAUAGAUAUGUUGUUUGAUCGCGAAAUUGAUUACAAUUUUUCAACAUGAAUGGUCCAUUCUGCUUGCAAUCAAGUUCCAUUAACUAGCUUUAAGAGAACAUUUAUUGAAACCAGUAAGGAGAAUUUUUUAUGUUGGCAUCUUGUACGGUGUUUGUAGAUAGUAUUGCUGGGUAAAACGGUUGUACAGAGAUUUUUGAAUUGGAUGAAACACAGAGGAGCGGUUUAGUUUGGACUUGUACAAAUUUAUUUUUAUUAUGGUAUUUUAGUGUAAUGUUAUAUUGUAAAAGACUAUAAUUACUUGAAUUUCAAUUUUCACGUGCAGCAAUUUAAUAUUGCCUUGAAAAUUAAUUAUAGUAUCACUUAAUAUUAAUUUACUAGUUUAUUUUAUACAUAGUAAAUUAAAUAUCAAAAGCUAGUAUUUUCAUGUGAUGUCCAUGAACAGGUAUGUUUGUCAAAUUGUGUUUUAUAGACAAUAAAAGAGAUAAUAAUUUGAAUCAA